CAAACAUGGUUAAAGUACAAAAACCACAGCCAAAGUCGCUAAGCAAAAGCACUAGCAUUGAAGGCGUGGCCAAGAAGAAGAAAACCACGCAAAAGGGCAAGUUGGCCGAAGCAGCCCUGCUGGAAGUAGCGGCACCCAUCAAAAAGGUAAAAAAUGUCGCGCCGAAAAAAGGAGAUGUCGCUGAAAAACCCAAAAAAGAACAAAAACCUGUUGAAAAACAGAAACACCCAAAAGCCGCCAAAAGGCCCUUGGUAAUGGCUCCUCCAGAGUCGCCGGCUGCCUCCCCCGUCGUUGUGAAAAAAUCAAAGGUAAAGGCCGCCGCCAUUCCAGCCACUCCUGCCGCCAAAAAGCCACUGAUUUUGGCGCCAUCUCCAUCACCAGCUAAACCAGCGCCUGCCAAAAAGCAAAAGAAAGUCAAGCCCGCUCCCGUUGAGCCUCCCAAGAAGGCGUCUAAAAAAUUAGUUGUAGAAGAAGCUCCCGCUAAGAAGGGAGCUGUGGCUGCAUCUGCAGCUCCUGCCAAGAAAUCAGCUUUAGGCAAGAAAGUGGAUCCAGCUCCAGUGAAGAAGACAGUAGAAGCACCAGUUCCGGCUGCAACCAAGAAAGAUAACAAGAAAGCAGCUCCAGCUAAGAAAACACCGGCCGCUCCUGCCAAGAAAAUACCUGAAGUACCGGCCAAGAAAGCAGAAACAGUCAAGAAAGCAGAACCAGCCAAGAAAGCAGCACCAGCCAAUAAAGCAGCACCAGCCAAGAAAGCAGCACCAGCCAAGAAAGCAGCAGCAGUAGCUAAGAAAUCCGUGCAGGCUCCAGUCAAGGCAGCAGCUCCUGCCAAGAAACCAGUGGAAGCUCCAGCUAAAAAUUCAAAGAAGGCAGUCAAACAAACGACAAAAGCAGUGCCAUUAGUAGCUGAACCUGACACCAAAUUAGCCAAACCAGCCGCAGCGUCACUACAGAAGAAAAGCAAGCCACUCAAGAAACUCUCCAAGCCAGACAAGUCGACGAAAAUUAAAAAGUCAGUCAAAUCGGUCAAAGGAAAAGCCAACAAAAAGGCAAAGAAGCCGAAAAAGAAGCCCGUCGAGUUGAAAUUUGAAUUGAAGCCCUUCGAUGAGCAAAAGUUCCGUGACAUAGUCUCCGAAUCGAAUGUGCUCAAGGUAUGCCAGGCGCUUAAGAUGCAAGUGGCCGAAGAGGUGGCCAAGAAGAAGUCCACCUCGAUAUUCACCGACUACCGCUACAUUCUGCAAGUGUGCAGCUAUAAGAUACCCAGCUGCCCCAAGCGUGUGGUCAAGCUGGGUCUGAAGAACUCGCUGGUGGGUAGCGACGAUGAUGUGGCAAUCAUUGUGUCGGACUUGCAGCGCGGUGCAAAGUUUGACUUUGAGCCCACCAAGGCCCACUAUGAGGAUCUGUUCAGCGAGCUUGGCAUCGAGCAGCGUCUGACUGUGGUACCAUUCAAUCAGCUGCGCAACGAGGUGAAUAGCUUUGAGGCCAAGCGCAAGUUCCUCAAUACCUAUGACUACUUCAUGUGCGACGGCAAGCUGUCGGGUCAGGCCAGUGCCUUUCUGGGCAAGUUUACCCAGAAGCCACGCAAUGUCCUGCAUCCGGUGCGUCUGAGCAAGGACAAUGCCCAGCUUCAGAAGGAGAUAUCGCGUGCUCUGUGCCGCACCGCUUACAGGCAGCUGAGCAAGGGCGAUCUGACCGCCGUCCCCGUGGGCAAUCACGAGCACAGCGCCGAACAGCUGGCGGAGAAUAUUCUACUGGUGACCAAGCAACUGGAGACGGUCUAUCCUGGGGGCCUGGCCAACAUUCGUUCGUUGUAUGUUAAAAUCGAUAUUGUGGGAACCUCGGCUCUGCCCCUGUACAUCAGCAUGUGUGCCGCCCCAGCGGACACGCCGUAUGUGGUCGGACCACGUGAGCAGCGCAUGCUGAAGCUGAAGAAGCAGGCCAACGAGGUACUCUCCCGUUUCGCCCUCACCAAGGAUGCCGAGUUUGUGAAGUUGACCUGGCAGCAGGUGAAGCGCAAGGCAGAGAUUCGCGAAGAGAAGGCGGCUCUCUUGGCAGCCGAUGCGGCUGGUGCUGCUACUACUCCUAAGGAUAACGAUGGCGAGGACACUGCUGUGCCCACGAAGAAGGCUCGCAAAGAAUCGACGAGCGAGGCGGGCAAGGCUGAGGCUGAAUCGGAUGAAGAUGAAGUCGAGGAGGAAGAUGAGAUUGCUGAAGGGGCUGGUGAAGAUGAAGAUGAUAAUGAGGGUGGGGAGGAUGACGAUGACAGCGAUGAAGACGCCGAAGAAGACGGCGACGACGAUGAUGAUGAUGAUGAGGAUGAAGAAGAAGAAGAUGAUGACGAUGAUGAAGACGACGACGACGACGAUGAGUAAGCGUGCCUUCUGGCAAAUUUACUUUCCUUUAGUCGUAGUUCUUCGAUAUCCCCUCCCACAACCCACAAUAAUUCUAACUAUAUUUUCGUAUUGAAAAUUUGGAAACACUUUUAAGGAAUAAACGAAUUGUUUUUAAGUUAACAAUUAA